AUGAUCACACUAGCGAUAUUCAAACCACACUGUCUUAAAAACCCAAUCGCGUACGAAACCAUCCAGCAAAUGAUUACGGCCAAUGGAUUGCAGAUAGUAGCCAGAAAACGGAUCAACCUUUCGCGAACAGAGGCCGAAAAGUUCUACGAAGAGCACAGGAAUAAAUUCUUCUUUCGCCGUCUGGUAUCACUCAUGACGAGUGGACCAACCGAAGUUAUGCUGCUGUCAGGGGCCGAUGCAAUACAGAAGUGGCGUAAUUUGAUGGGACCUACGAAAGUUCUGAAAUCGGUAUACACACAUCCGGAGUGUAUUCGCAGCUGUUUCGGUUUAUCGGAUACAAGAAACGCUACACAUGGCUCGGACUCUGAACAAUCAGUAAACGCUGAGAAGCAAUUCUUUUUCGGGGAUAUACAAAUAUAAAACUUGAUUGUCCUGAAGGUUUGUUUGAAUCGUGGU